GCGCGGCCGGGGGGGAGGGGGAGCCCAGCACGGAGCGGCCCGUCCCGGCCCCCGGCGCGGGGCAGGGGGGGGAGGAAGGCGGCGGCGGCAGCGGCGCUGGUUCCAUGGCGCGGAGCCGGAGCCGGGGCUGAGGACCCCGCCCGCCCAUGGACCCCGCCGCGGCGGCGGCCGCCGAGGAGGAGGAGAAGAAGCCGCCGCAGCCCCCGGUGAUCUACACCAUGGAGAACAAGCCCAUCGUGACCUGUGCUGGAGAUCAGAAUUUAUUCACUUCUGUAUAUCCCAUGCUUUCUCAGCAGCUUCCAAAAGAACCCAUGGAAUGGAGAAGGUCUUAUGGACGUGCUCCUAAGAUGAUUCAUCUUGAAUCUAAUUUUGUUCAAUUCAAAGAGGAGCUGUUACCCAAAGAAGGAAACAAGGCUCUCCUGACUUUUCCCUUCCUUCAUAUUUAUUGGACAGAAUGUUGUGAUACAGAAGUGUACAAAGCUACAGUAAAGGAUGACAUCACCAAGUGGCAGAAUGUUCUGAAAGUGCACAGCUCUGUGGAUUGGUUAAUUGUGGUAGUUGAGAGUGAUGCAAAAAAAAAGAACAAAACCAACAUCCUUCCCCGAACAUCUAUAGUAGAUAAAAUAAGAAAUGACUUCUGUAACAAACAAAGUGACAGAUGUGUGGUACUGUCUGACCCCUUGAAAGACUCUUCCCGUUCUCAGGAAUCCUGGAACGCCUUCCUGACAAAACUCAGGACGCUGCUUCUCAUGUCUUUUACCAAAAAUCUAGGCAAGUUUGAAGAUGACAUGAGAACUUUGAGAGAGAAGAGGACUGAGCCAGGAUGGAGUUUUUGCGAGUAUUUCAUGGUCCAGGAAGAGCUGGCCUUUGUCUUUGAAAUGCUGCAGCAGUUUGAAGAUGCCUUGGUGCAGUAUGAUGAACUUGAUGCCUUGUUCUCUCAAUAUGUUGUUAACUUUGGUGCUGGUGAUGGAGCAAAUUGGUUGACAUUUUUCUGCCAACCAGUGCGGAGCUGGAAUGGGUUGAUUCUCCGUAAACCAAUAGAUAUGGAGAAACGAGAGCUAAUUCAGAAUCAAGAAGCCACUCUACUAGACUUGCGCAGUUACCUGUUUUCUCGCCAGUGCACGUUGCUGAUCUUCCUACAGAGACCAUGGGAGGUGUCCCAGCGAGCACUAGAGCUUCUUCACAACUGUGUACAGGAGCUUAAGCUACUAGAAGUCUCUGUUCCUCCUGGAGCUUUGGAUUGCUGGGUAUUUUUGAGCUGUUUAGAGGUCCUACAAAGAAUAGAAGGCUGCUGUGACCGAGCACAAGUAGAUGCCAAUGUUUCCCACACAGUUGGCCUGUGGAGCUAUGCCACUGAAAAGCUAAAGUCCCUUGGUUACCUGUGUGGACUUGUGUCAGAAAAGGGACCUAAUUCAGAAGAUCUUAACAGAACAGUUGAUCUGUUAGCAGGCUUGGGAGCAGAGCGCCCUGAAACAGCCAACACCGCACAAAGCCCUUAUAAGAAACUCAAGGAGGCCUUAUCAUCUGUAGAAGCUUUUGAAAAACACUACUUAGAUCUGUCCCAUGCCACCAUUGAAAUGUACACAAAUAUUGGAAGAAUUCGCUCGGCUAAACUUGUUGGAAAGGACUUGGCAGAAUUUUAUAUGAGGAAGAAGGGUCCACAGAAGGCAGAGGUCUAUCUUCAAGGAGCACUAAAAACUUACCUUGCUGAGGGCUGGGCAUUGCUUAUCACACAUACAAGAAAGCAGUUAGCAGAAUGUCAGAAACACCUUGGGCAAAUUGAAAACUAUCUUCAAACAAGCAGUCUUUUAGCCAGUGAUGAUCACUUAACAAAAGAUGAGCGCCAGCACUUCUGCCAAGAAAUUUUAAAUUUUGCCAACCAGCAAGCAGAGGGCAAAGGUCAAAAGGUUAUACUGUCUCUGCAUUCCUUUGCACAGCUGAAAACUCUACAUUUUGACCCUCCAAAUGCUGUUAUCCAUGUGGGUGGAACGUUGUCUAUUGAGCUGACUUUGCUGAGCCAAAUGCCCGUCCCAGUCAAAGUGGAUCGGGUUGCCAUCAAUGUCCACUUCAGCAUUGAGAAAAAUAAUUACCGGAAAACAGCUGAAUGGCUCACUAAACACAAAACUUCCAACGGUAUUAUCAGCUUCUCAAAUGAAGUUGCAGGCUUCCCUUUGUCAAGAAAUAACUUGCCAGCACUGGAGUUAUAUGAAAUGUACGAAAGGAGCCCUUCAGAUAACUCUUUGACCACGACAGGAAUAAUCUGCAAAAAUGUGCACAUGCUAUUGCGAAGGCAGGAGAGCAGCUCUUCUCUGGAAAUGCCCUCAGGGGUGACUCUAGAGGAUGGGGCUCACAUGUUAAAAUGUAGCAACUUUAUACUGGAACCAGGGGUCAAUACAAUAACAUUCAGAACUCAGGCCAAAGAACCUGGGACAUAUACUCUCAGGCAGCUGUGCACGUCAGUGGGUAAAGUGCACUUUGUCCUUCCUCACAUUUAUCCAGUUGUGCAGUAUGAUGUGUACUCUCAGGAGCCCCAACUAAAAGUGGAGCCAUUGACUGACAGCCUUUUGGCUGGUAUCCCUCAGAGGGUGAAGUUCACAGUGACUACUGGCCAUUAUACCAUGAAGAAUGGAGAUACUCUGCAGCUCAGUAAUGCCGAUGACAUGCCUUUCCUGUACCAUCCAGAGAGCAAAGCAUUGAUCUAUUCCAAUACUAAGGAAAAAGUCUCAGAAUCAUCAUUACUGAUCCAGUCUUCUGAAAAGAUCACAAGCAUCACCCUGCCAGUGGCUCCUGCAUAUCACGUGAUUGAAUUUGACCUUGAAGUUAUCUAUUUGCCAUCAACCCCAACAGCUUCAGUGGAAAGUGAAAAUCUGGGAAAUAAAGAACUUCACAGGAAAAGCAAAGAGAAGCAGAAAAUGGACAACUGCAUGGCUACAGUUGACCAAAAAGUAACCAUUGAUUGUCCAUGGUCAAUUUACUCCACCAUUAUUGCAUUAACGUUCAGUGUACCUUUUAAUGCCAAUCAUUCCUUACUAACAGCUGGCAAACGGAAAUACGUACAGGUUUGUGUACAGAAUUUGUCAGAACUCUGUUUCCAGCUGUCAGACAAUAACCUAAAAAAUUUUGGUAACUGCAUAGAUCUACAGCUGGUACCUCUGAAGCCAGAAUCCCAACAGCACAUAUACAGUAAGCAGUCAGUAUUCUUUGUAUGGGAAUUGAAGUGGACAAAAGAACUUCCCCCAUCUUUGCAGUGCCAGUUUUCGGUUAGCUUUUGUCCAGAUACCUCUGAAGAGCAGUCAUUCUCCUUGAAGCCGUAUACUUACGAAUUCCAAGUGGAAAAUUAUUUUACAUUGUAUAAUGUGAAAGCUCAGAUUUUUCCACCAUUGGGGGCGGAGUAUUGUAAAACAGGGUCACUCUGCUCUUUGGAGGUGUCAAUCACCCGACUCUCUGACCUCUUAGAUGUGGAUAAAGAUGAAGCAUUAACAGAAUCAGAUGGGUACUGCACAACGAAACUUAUGUAUGAAGUUGUUGACAACAGUAGUAACUGGGCAGUCUGUGGAAAAAGCUCAGGGGUAAUAUCUAUGCCUGUAGCAGCUCAAGCAACUCACAAAGUGCACAUGGAAGUGAUGCCACUUUUUGCUGGAUACCUCCCCUUUCCUGAUGUCAAACUAUUUAAAUACCUCCCUCAUCAUUCUGCUCACUCCAUGCAACUUGACGCUGACAGUUGGAUUGAAAAUGAUAACCUAUCUGUGGACAAGAAUAUGGAUGAUCAGGCUGACAGCAGUAGCAUAAAGAGUAGAGGCAGUUUACAUUCGGCAGCCAGCGGGGAACAUAAAGGUCUGCCAAUGCCCCGUCUACAAUCCUUUUCACCUGGUCAGGUCUUCAACUCAAGCACGAGCAUGCAAAUCCUUGUCAUUCCCAGCAAGGAUGACCAUGUUCUGGAAGUCAAUAUCACAUGAUAACUAAAUAUAAAUAAACAAGGAAAACAAAAACCAUUAGAGACUUGAUACGAAUGCACUUUAAUAGAUCAUAACCUGAUUAUUCUCCAUUGUAACAUUCUGAUUUAAACCAGACCUAUGGCAACUCAACACUGACUGGCCAUGGAAGCAUCAGACAAUUUUAUCAAUUUAAAUGUACAGUGGAGGUUGUGUCAACUAGUUUAUAUUGCUACUUUAGUAUGUUUUGUGUAAAAUGAUUUUCUGUUUUUCCCUUCAGUCACAUCCUGCUGGUAAAGUCAAGAUGCUUGCUGCA